UACGUAUUAUCCGUCGUUGAUCAAUUUGAUGUUUUUCAAAAGUCUCGUCGUUCGCAGGCUCGAGUUUUUUCCGAAUUUUGUCAGUGUCGCUCGAUAAUUUUGUACGGCCUUGUCUUCCGAACGCCGUGCGCGCCCUGCCGAAUUUCGCCCUUAGUCUGGUCCGGUCCAGUGUGAUUUGCGCGACAAAAGCAGGUGCAAGAGUGUCAAUGCUCUUGCGUGAGAUAGUUAACACGUAUAUAAUUGCGCAUACAGAGAUACGUCUUUACCAGAAUCUCUGAUUUAACGUAUACGUGCAUUAGCUGUCAGUUUCUCUCUGUCGAGUAACGUGACUAACGCGGCAACAAUGACGAAUAUGUGGCGAUUUUCGUUUCUUCUACGGAUACAUUUCCGUGUCGUUUGAAUCGUUACGUAUUCUUGCUCUUGUCGACGAAAGAUCGCUUGUACGUCGCUUUCUACAUGCGAGAAAAACGACAACAAAAAUCGAACCAAAUUAUGAGUGUUGUGUUUGUCAUGCAUGCGUGUCGUGCCAUAGAAUGUUAAAUUCGGGAAUGGACUGACAGAGGAUUCAGUAAAAUCAAAAAGUUAGGGUAAGGAAUCUAAAGACGAUAAACAAGGCAAGGGUGUCUGUGUGCACUAGGCCUCGGGCAUCUAAUUAUCAACAACUCGACUAUGCCAGCUGUUGCAAGGCCUGGUAGUUUAAAGGAUCCAGAGAUUGCUGAAUUAUUUGAGAAAAAUGAUCCGGAGAAAAUAUUUGAGGAUCUACGGGAGAUUGGACAUGGUAGUUUUGGGGCUGUUUACUAUGCACGAUGUCUGGUUACCAAAGAAAUUGUUGCCAUCAAAAAGAUGUCUUACAUGGGGAAACAAUCGGUGGAAAAAUGGCAGGACAUUUUAAAGGAAAUUCGAUUUCUUAAGCAACUUAAUCAUCCUAAUACUAUAGAGUACAAGGGUUGCUAUCUCAGGGACCACACUGCCUGGUUGGUGAUGGAAUAUUGUCUUGGCUCAGCAUCAGAUAUUAUUGAAGUACACAAAAGACCUCUAAAAGAAGAAGAGAUAGCUGCGAUAUGCGAAGGUGUAUUGCGUGGUUUACAUUAUCUCCAUUCUCUUGGAAGAAUUCAUCGUGAUGUGAAAGCAGGAAAUAUUUUACUUACUGAGAAUGGCACAGUAAAAUUAGCUGAUUUUGGAUCUGCAAGUAUAAAAUGCCCAGCCAAUAGCUUCGUAGGAACGCCAUACUGGAUGGCACCGGAAGUUAUAUUGGCUAUGGAUGAGGGGCAAUAUGACGGCAAGGUUGACGUAUGGUCAUUGGGAAUAACAUGCAUCGAAUUAGCGGAAAGAAAACCGCCUUAUUUUAAUAUGAAUGCUAUGAGCGCCUUGUAUCAUAUUGCACAAAAUGAUACUCCGACAUUAAACUCGCCAGAUUGGUCUGAUGUCUUUCGUCAUUUUGUUGAGGUGUGUCUCACAAAAAGUCCAAUUGAAAGACCAACAUCCGGGAAAUUGUUAUCACAUCAAUUUGUCACCAGACCACGUUCUCCUCAAGUUUUAAUAGAUUUAAUACAAAGAACAAAAGCUGCUGUUCGAGAAUUAGAUAACCUGAAUUAUCGUAAAAUGAAAAAGAUCUUGAUGAUUGAUGCAUGUGAAACAGAGAGCACAGUUGGUGAUGCUGAUGAUACUCCUGAUGAGCAAACCGGUGGUGAUAGUAGCAAAAGCAAUUCAAUUACCUCAGAACACUCAAUUCAUUCGAUGGGCGUUUCAGCAAGCUCUCAAAGUUCCUCUACGAAUAGCCUGCCGCUACCAAAUGCUGAUGGUAAUGACUAUUCUUCAGGAUCUGUCAGAAAUCGGCAUAAAGUUUCAGCAGGUGGUGUCACUGCCAAUCUUCUUGAACACGGUGCCAAUAAUUUUGCAACAAUUAGAACAACUUCAAUUGUAACGAAACAACAAAAGGAACAUAUGCAAGAAGAAAUGCAUGAACAAAUGAGUGGAUAUAAGCGAAUGAGAAGAGAACAUCAAGGUGCUUUGGUAAAAUUGGAGGAACGUUGCAAAAUGGAAAUGGAAUCACAUAAGCAACUGUUAGAUAAAGAAUAUGAAACUCUCUUACAACAGUUUAGUAAGGAACUAGAAAAAUUGCAGCUCAGACAUCUGCAAGAAUUGGAACGCAAGCUAAAACAGAAUCAAAAUGCCGAAAAAAAGCUUCAUAAGGAGAUAACGAGUAGACAGGAGGCUGAUCGUAAAGCUCUGGAAGCUCAACAGAAAAGAGAAUAUAAAGCUUAUAAAGAAAGAUGGAAGAAAGAACUUUCUCUAGAUGAAGUAACUCCAAAAAGACAACGAGAUGCUACACUUCAAAGUCAAAAGGAUAAUUUAAGACAGAUGGAGGCACAAGAGGAGCAACGGCUCGCAAGAGGACAACGAGAAUAUUUAGAUCUAGAAAUUCGUAAAUUCCGUAGAAAAAAAUUACUCAUCUUUCAUAGUUUGGAGCAGGAGCUUCUUCGUGAAGAAUUGAAUAAGCGUCAACAGCAACUGGAGCAAGCGCAUGCUAUGCUUUUACGACAUCAUGAAAAGACGCAAGAAUUGGAAUAUAGACAACAAAGAGCUGUACAUGCACUUCGUGAGGAUCAAGUACAUCGACAGCACACAACGGAGCUUUGCAAUCAGCAAGAUUACAUGCAAAGAGCUGAACGUGAUCUGCGUAAAAAACAUGCGUUAGAACUUAAACAACAACCGAAGAGUCUCAAGCAAAAAGAAAUGCAAAUUCGUAAACAGUUUAGAGAAACUUGUAAAAUACAAACACGGCAAUAUAAAGCACUAAAAGCUCAAAUCUUGCAAACAACUGCUAAAGAAGAGCAGAAAGCAGUAAUUAAAAAAUUAAAAGAAGAGCAGAGACGUAAAUUGGCACUUUUAGGUGAUCAGUAUGAACAAAGUAUUGCUGAAAUGCUCCAAAAACAAAGUAUACGGCUAGAUGAAUCACAAGAAGUAGAAUGCCAUAAUCUUAAGGAAAGAUUAAAUUAUGAAUUAGAAAUUCUAAUGGCGUACCAAUCAAAAAAUAAAAUGCAAGCCGAGGCACAAAGAAAUAGAGAACGCCGCGAGUUGGAAGAUCGUGUAUCUGUCAGACGAGCUUUGCUGGAACAAAAAAUGGAAUUAGAAACUCAGGAAUUUCUACGUGAACGUAGUGAACGUAUACGUCUUUUGCACGAAAGGCAAGAACGGGAAUUGCAGCAAUUUGAUGAAGAAAGUGCAAGAAUAGGAUUCAGUGCUCUGGCAAUAGCUGAGGCAUCAAAAGAAUCUUAUCCGGACGAUGAAAGCCUUAGCGGCUCGAUGUUAAGUCUGGCUCACAGUAAUAGUUCUACAUCCUUUCCCCCUAAUAGUCUUUAAAUUUAAUUUUAUAUAUAUAUAUAUAUGCACACACACAUACAUACGGACAUGUAUAUGAUAUAUAUAUUAUAUAUAUCUGUGUGUGUAUGUGUGUGUAUGUAUGCUGUAACAAGUACAUGACGAGUUUACCGUAUAAUUUGAUGACUUACAUAUGUAAUAAAACGGUUUGCAUGCGUUAACCCAAACCUAAGAGGUUUGAAGUUAAUUGGGAAUGUGUAUUGGACUGAAAUUAUCAUAACUUUAUAUUUUUUAAUUGUCAAGAUCAUAAAUAUAAUUUACCAGAGGAGAGAGAGAGAGAGAGAGAGAGAGAGAGAGAGAGAGAGAGAGAGAGAGAGAGAGCGUGCGCUUCAUAUUGAAGAAGAAUUUAGAUGCUUUUUGCAACAUUGUAAUAUUUAUUAGUCAUAACCAAAAAUAUUUCGAAAAAUGCAUAUAGAGAUAAAAAGACUUUAAAACAUUAAUCUCAUUUCCAGUAUCUAAUAAAAUUUGAAGUUACAAAGCAGGAAACAUUAAUAUAACUAAUAAAAAGAUUUUGUACACACUACAGAAAAAAACUUUCGAGACAUUUGUUUAUUAUAUAUCGCAAAUAUAACAGUACAAGAAUUCUGAAAUAUUCGGAUAAAAAUGUACGUACUCGUAUUUUUUUCUUUAUUUAUCUUUCCGUUUUAAGAGUUGAUAUAAGCCUGAGAUUAUUUUUGUAUUCUAACAGUUUUUUUAACGCAGUACAUAAUAUAGUAGUAACCGCUCAGUUGUCAGUGAGUUCACCGUAUUCCGUUUGGAACUCGACAUUGUUUAGUCUAUAGGAUUUGGCGUUUCUUCCAUCUAAAUACUAUACUAUUGCAGUUUUCGAUGUAGAGUAAAAAACCUUUUUGUUUGUAAAGAUACUUUGUCUAGUGAGCUAUACCAAUAUCAGUUGACCAAAGACUUUUGUCUCAUUCACUUAUUAUAUUAGUACGCUCUCUUUUUCACUGUUUCUCGCGAUUUAACCUUGACCGCAUCAUAGGUUGCCCGGAGGUUUUGCCGUUCUUAGUAUUGUCAGUGUGAACUCCAAAAUUUCUGACAACUGCGCAAAAACUAUAUAUAUAUAUAUAUAUAGUUUUUAUAAUAAAGAUUUUAAAUUCCUCGUAAUAUAAUCCAACAUCGAGUGCGUUAGUUACAUUGUUCUUAUAUAUUUUAAAACAGUUUGAGAAUAUUUAAUUUGAAGUAAUACAUAAACUACUUGAAUGUAGAAAAAGUAUUCUAAUAAAUUUCACGUACAUCUAUCUUUCUUUUACAUGUGUGUGUGUGUAUACACUCACACUGCAUUAUUAAUCACAUACAAAAUUGCAUUUUGUCUAAUGUAGUUAUCUUCAAAAACAAAGAGUUUUAUUACAUUAUAUUUUCAUUUUAUAAUAUAUUGAUAUCAAAAGGUACAUUGAUAAUAAAAUGAUUGUUGAAUUGUACACAAUUAGUAUUCACUUUUCAAUUCCUUUCAAAGUUUUUAUCUUGAUUCAUGCUAACAAUAUGAUUCUGUAAACAUCAAUAGUAUCUUAGUACAUAUGCUAAUGUUUAAUAGUUUAUGUAUAAAAGUAGGGUAUACAAAUUUAGAUAAAGUAGCUUUUAUAAAAAAUAAAAAGUGUAUACAAAAAACUUAUUUAAACUACAUAUUACUUUACCUUUAUUAUAAAUUGGGUAGAAAAGACUUUUUAAAAAUUCUUUCUAUGUAAUAGUGUAUAUAAUAAGAUCUAAAGGUUAUUAUAUUGUUUAUUCGAAUAUCUUCUGCAUUAUACUAAUAAGUUCAUUUUCUAUUAUAAGGCUCUAGUUAUUUUAUAUUUCAUAAAAUUUCUUUUACUCUUUUUUUCACACUUUCUGUUUCAUUCAUAGAUCAUUAAAUAACAAAGUUGCGAAAUUGGAUUCAUCACAACAAAUGUAUUAUUUCAUGACACAAAUAUUACAUUUAAGAUAAAUUGAUGUCAUUUAAUAAAUUCCUUUAUACUUUUAACUCUACUAAUUAUUUUUAUGUUUGAUGCAGAUCAUGUAUGU